AUGAGAUGCUGUUCUCGGCUCUUUAUUCUUUCAUCUCAGAGAGAAGUGGACAAGCACAGCGCCGUCAGUCCUCUCACCGCUCUCAGGAAGGUCGUAUUUGUGAUUCAGAGCCAGAGGAACUCGUACCACAUCCAGAGGGCAGAGCAGACCAGAGCUGACCUUCUUCAUCAAGGACAGGGGUUUCCAGAUGUUCUGCUGCUGCACAAGCUGUCGGAGUACAGCGGGAACUGGGGGAUCCUUCCGACGCUGCCUCGCCUGGCUGACGGAUACUGCCGGAGCUCCUCAUGGAUUUUCUUCCUGGAGGAGGAGACUGUUCUCGAUCUCACCAGACUUCUGCAAGUCCUUGGAAGAUUUGACUCGAAGAAAGAGUGGUUUCUGGGACGAGCUCUUACUGACGAUGAAGCCACCAUCAUCCACCACUACGCCUUCUCAGAAGAGCUGGGGGCCUUCAGCUACCCCGACUUUGCUGCUGGUUGGGCCCUGAGCUGCUCUCUGGUGAAAAGGCUGGCGGACCGUGUGAAGCAUGAGCCGCCCAGAUCGGAUUUCACCAUCGACCUUAAGCACGAGGUUGCUCUGUAUAUUUGGGAAGAUGGACGAGGACCUGCUUUGACUGCUGUGCGUGAAUUCUGCUCUGAACUGCACGACUCGUCAAACACUGAGCACUGCGCUACUACCGUCAACACGUAUCUGCCGAGCUGUGGGAACCUCGUGGAGAGCACGGAUCUGUUUGUCGCAGUGAAGACUUGUCAAAAAUUCCACCAUAACAGAGUGACCGUAGUAAAGAAGACCUGGGCUGAAGAUGCCGCAUCGCUGGAGUUUUACAGUGACCUCGCUGACCCGGCUGUCCCCACCAUCGACCUGGGAAUCCCCAACACAGAGAGCGGGCACUGUGCAAAGUCAUUUGCCAUUCUGAGGCGGUUUGCCAGUGGAGGGGUGACUGGCGCACCGUGGCUGCUCAUAGUGGAUGACGACACCCUAAUCAGUCUACCCAGACUCCGGAGGCUCCUGCGCUGCUAUGACCCCAACGAAGCGGUCAGUAUUGGAGAGCGCUACGGCUACAGCCUCGGCACGGGUAGCUACAGCUACAUCACGGGUGGAGGCGGUAUGGUGUUCAGUAGAGCGGCAGUGUUUAGAAUCCUCUCCAGUAGCUGUAGCUGUUACAGUGCCGAUGCUCCUGACGACAUGGUGCUGGGAAAGUGUCUCACCGCGCUCGGACUGCCAGUCACGCACAGUCCACAGUUUCACCAGGCGCGUCCUGACGAUUACCCCAAAGAGCUUUUGCUUCGUCAGAGCCCCAUCUCCUUCCAUAAACACUGGAACAUGGACCCUGUGGCGGCGUACCAGCGGUGGCUGAUGGACACUGAAGAGCCGUUUCAGCAGCUUAGAGAAGAGCUUUAGGCUUAAUCGCUUAUUUAUUUUGUUUCAUGAGCUCAGGAAUGUCGUACGUCCUAAACAGGGCACCAGUCCUUUUCAGGACAUCACAGGUCUUCAUUCAAAGCUGGGCCAGUUUACAUACUGAGAAGCUGUUGGGUGAUUCAGAUGAUCCAGAUGAUCGACCAGGUUACAUUUUUAUUUUCUAUUCUUUGUGUAAAGACUUUGUGUAAAGCUUUGUUGAAAAUCUAUUUGCUUUGUGCAGU